UCCAGAGCCUGCUGCUUCAGCUUCUGCAGCUCCCUAGGGGGCCCACAGCCGCGGCGGCCGCCGUCUUCCCCCAUGAUGGAGAGUGUUGGCGUGUACGGAUUCUGUGGCUGCACAUCGAAGAACAAAAUGAAGUGCGACUCGAGGUGGGAGGUGACGGCUUCAGAAACGGCCCCCACGUCUACAUAUUCAUCUCCGGCCCGGAGUCUUGGGGACACAGGGAUCACGCCUCUGUCCCCUUCCCACAUCGUGAACGACACCGACUCGAACGUCUCGGAGCAGCAGACGUUUCUCGUGGUGGUGGCCGUCGACUUCGGGACCACGUCCAGCGGCUACGCCUACAGCUUCGCCAAGGAGCCGGAGUGCAUCCACGUGAUGAGGCGGUGGGAAGGAGGUGACCCUGGGGUGUCAAAUCAGAAGACCCCGACCACUAUCUUGCUGACUCCCGAGAGGAAGUUCCACAGCUUCGGGUAUGCUGCCAGGGACUUUUACCAUGACCUGGAUCCCAACGAGGCCAAGCAGUGGCUGUACCUGGAGAAAUUCAAGAUGAAGCUGCACACCACUGGGGACCUUACCCUGGAUACAGACCUGACAGCAGCCAACGGCAAGAAAAUCAAAGCCCUAGAAAUCUUCGCUUAUGCCCUGCAGUACUUUAAGGAGCAGGCGCUGAAGGAGCUGAGCGACCAGGCGGGUUCAGAGUUCGAGAACUCUGAUGUCAGAUGGGUCAUCACUGUGCCUGCCAUCUGGAAACAGCCCGCCAAGCAGUUCAUGAGACAAGCCGCCUACCAGGCAGGCCUGGCCUCGCCCGAGAACUCGGAGCAGCUCAUCAUUGCCCUGGAGCCAGAAGCGGCCUCCAUCUACUGCCGGAAGCUGCGGCUGCACCAGAUGAUCGAGCUGAGCAGCAAGGCUGCGGUCAAUGGGUACAGCUCCAGAGACACAGUAGGAGCUGGGUUUGCACAGGCUAAGGAGCACGUACGGCGUAACCGGCAGAGUCGGACCUUUUUGGUGGAGAAUGUCAUAGGAGAGAUCUGGUCCGAGCUGGAGGAAGGUGACAAAUACGUGGUUGUGGACAGUGGCGGUGGCACCGUAGACCUGACAGUCCAUCAGAUUCGGCUGCCAGAGGGGCACCUUAAAGAACUGUAUAAAGCUACAGGUGGACCCUAUGGAUCCUUAGGAGUAGAUUAUGAAUUUGAAAAGCUUCUGUGUAAAAUAUUUGGAGAGGAUUUCAUCGAACAAUUUAAAAUCAAGCGUCCCGCCGCCUGGGUUGACUUGAUGAUCGCGUUCGAGUCCCGCAAAAGGGCGGCCGCCCCGGACCGAACGAACCCCCUGAACAUCACGCUGCCCUUCUCCUUCAUCGAUUACUACAAGAAGUUCCGCGGGCACAGCGUGGAGCACGCCCUGAGGAAGAGCAAUGUGGAUUUUGUGAAGUGGUCCUCACAGGGGAUGCUGAGGAUGAGCCCAGAUGCCAUGAAUGCCCUUUUCAAGCCAACCAUCGACAGCAUCAUCGAGCAUCUCCGGGACCUGUUUCAGAAGCCCGAGGUGUCCACCGUCAAGUUCCUCUUCCUGGUGGGUGGCUUCGCAGAGGCCCCGCUCCUGCAGCAGGCGGUGCAGGCGGCCUUCGGGGACAAGUGCCGCAUCAUCAUCCCGCAGGACGUGGGCCUCACCAUCCUCAAGGGUGCCGUCCUCUUCGGCCUGGACCCCGCUGUCAUCAAGGUGCGCAGGUCCCCGCUCACCUACGGGGUGGGCGUGCUGAACCGCUACGUGGAGGGCAAGCACCCGCCCGAGAAGCUGCUGGUGAAGGACGGCACCCGCUGGUGCACCGACGUCUUCGACAAGUUCAUCUCUGCUGACCAGUCCGUGGCGCUGGGCGAGCUGGUCAAGCGCAGCUACACCCCCGCCAAGCCCUCCCAGCUCGUCAUUGUCAUCAACAUCUACAGCUCCGAGCACGACAACGUGAGCUUCAUCACUGACCCCGGGGUGAAGAAGUGUGGCACGCUCCGCCUGGAUCUCACGGGGACUGGCGGUGCCACCGUGCCCGCCCGGAGGGAGAUCCAGACCCUCAUGCAGUUCGGGGACACCGAGAUCAAGGCCACCGCCGUUGACAUAGCCACCUCAAAGAGCGUCAAGGUUGGGAUCGACUUCUUAAACUACUAACUGGCCCUCCCUGUCACCUGUCCCCUUGGACUCAGCUCACCUGCAUCUGCUGACCUCAACCCUGACUAUUCUCCCCCUGCCCUUGACCACUGACAUUGCCCACCUGGAUUUCAGCAGGGAAGAUGACACCAGAGCUAGAAAUGCUUAGGGAUCUUUGAGGGCACACUGGCGUCGGGAAGUUCAGAUCGAGGUUUGGGAAGAAGAAUUCCAAGGAUCCUAGAAGAGCAGCUGGUUUUCCUCGGCCCUUGUGGUGAAACACCCACCCAGCAAGGGAGUCUGUACGCUUCUGCACAGUGACCGAGCUCGCUCUGAACACAUCUCGGUCGAGUAGAGCUCAGGAUGCUCCAUGGCCGUCCUUCUAGAUUCAAAAGGAGAGCUCUGAGCCAGGAGGAGAUUCUUCAUCAUCCGGAGGCUUUUCAUUUUAUUUUAUUUUUUUGAUGGCAGUCAGUGUAAAAUGCCACCCACCUGCAGUUCAUUGCUUUUCCUCAUCAUGUGAUUGAAAGUGGAGACUCAUUGGGAAGACGGAGCCUGUUAGUUGGUGCGAGAAGACUGCCUACACUGGGCACUAUUUUAGGUUCUCAUUAUUUAAAUUCCACAUUGGUUCCACGGAGAAUUGCUGUGGCCUGGGCGGACCCUCCGGGAUUGGCGUGUGUGGGAGAGCUGACGCCUCAACUUUGCAGCAGGUGAAAACUUGCUUCGAUGGAAGUGAAUAUUAAAGAGCUCCUGACACAUCCCAAGUUGGACUCUGUGUCAUUUUUGGCAUCAGAGUGCCAAGUCUCGCUAUCUGAAUUCAUCAGUAAUUCUAGUUAACCUCAGGAGGACUUCUGGUGACAAAAUGAGGUUGCCACUUGCCUCGUUCAUUCAUUAUCACCAAGCCCAGGAGUCCGGAACAACUCCUCACCUUGAAGAACAAGCGUAUUUUAAAGUCACUCCCUCCUCCCAGCUCACCCUCAUCCCCCUAAAAGUUUUGGCCACUUAGUCCUACAUUUGGAAGGCAUAUAUACCGUCGUUCACAGGCAGUGAAUCUGUUCUAUGAAGUGUUUUAUUAAAGUCGUCAGUUUUUGAAGUCCGUCCAAAAGAAACUUGUCAAUCUAUACGUGAUGGAUUAAGCCAGGUGGUUCUCAAGGCAGAUCUGUGAGUUACCUGCAUGAGGGUGCUGGUUAAAAACGGGUUCCUGGAAAUGUCGGAUUACUGUGCUGUACACCUGAAACUGUUAUAACUAGUAUAAUAUUGUUACCAACUACACACUGAAAUAAAUUUUUAAAAAAAGAAAACAGUUUCCUGGAUCCUAUCGCUUUUAUGAAUGGAAGUCAAGUCUUGGAAUGGGGAUCAGAAUCCUCGAUUUUUAGGAGAUGCUGCAGGGUGACUGUGGUUUAGCUGAAAUCUGAGAACUCCUCACUUUAGGAUUUCGUGGGAAGCUGAAGUGCAGACCAGAGCCCACAGCCCCCGGCCUUCCCGUUCGGGCUCCCUG